AUGGAAAUGAUGCAGGACGGAAGCUUUUUGUGGGAUGAAAAAGAACAAGGAAUUGUGCUUGGGGCUGAGUACUAUGGGUUUGUUGCGACACAGUUGUUAGGUGGAAGACUGGCGGAGAUCAUUGGGGCGAAAUGGGUGAUAGGCAUGGGUGUGUUUGGAGCCUCUUUGUUAACUCUCCUGGAACCAUCUGCAGCUCAGUUGGGAAUCGGCCCUCUAGUGGCGGCUCGAGUCAUAGAAGGAACGGGAAAGGGAGUUAUAGUUCCGGCCAAGUAUGCUCUCCUGGCUAGUUGGGUUCCUGUGCAUGAACGGUCAGUGUUAGUGGUCGUCACUGGACAAGGAGCCAUGUUUGGCUUGCUAAUCACUAUGCCUCUUCCUGGUAUCAUCUGCAAGCAUCUAGGAUGGAAGUAUGCUUUUUAUUUUUACGGGAGUCUUGGGUGUCUGUGGUCCGUGUUUUGGAUGUGGUAUGUCCACAAUAGCCCUGAAGAACAUCCAUACAUGAGUGAAGAAGAACGAAGCUAUAUUUUAAAACAUCGCCAAUCAGGAAAAAGAUCGAGUCAG